CACACACACUGCCCACUCUCUCUGUUUCCGAUAGUUCAUAGUUCCUUCUUUCUCUGCCUACUUCUUACUUCCGUAAUUCCCCAAUUUUCUUUCCGACUUCCAAGAAUGGCGGUAAUAGUGCUCGACCCUUCCUCCUCCGCCGGACUGCUCCCCACUCCACCACUUUCAAGAAUGAAGGCAGUAGUUCUCAACCCUACCUCCUCCGCCGGACUGCUCCCCACUCCACCGCCGUCGAAGCGCCUGCUACCACUACCUUGUAGUCUCUCCGCUUCCUCGGGGUUUGGCGGCGGCUACAACCGGAAAUCAUGCUCAUCAACUUCACCGUCCCCUCCCCGCCAGAAUCACGAGAAGAAACAGAAGACAACUGCCAAUAAGAAGCUGCAGUUCCAACGAUGUCAUGAUAGCAAGUGCGCAGAGAAGAAGAAGAAACCGUACUAUAGCGGGGCAUCCUUCUCCGUGCCUUCGCCUCCUCCGGACUCCUUGCCUCUGCCCUCUUUCCUGUCCGGCGGCCCUCUCGCGACCCGAAUACAGAGCAAGCUGCCUCCACCGUUGCAGAAGCAGCCCUACUCCCGCGAUUUCUUGCUCUCCUUGUCCCAAUCUGCUCCGGCCACUUGUCCUCCGAUUCAUCAUCAACUGGACCUCUCUAGAUUGCCCUCCGGAAUUUGCUGAAUUGAAUAGUAAUUGUCUAGUCUGACCGGUUUGGUUAGGUCUCUUGAAGAAUAACAUUUUCUUCUCCCCGGGCCACUCUUGUAGAUCUAUGAUCUGUAUGUUAAUGAUAGUAUUUAGCUAAUUCUUCAGUAAUUAGCUAGGAUUUAUUGGCAAUGAGUUCUGAUCUUCAUUACAGUAACGUUUGCCAUACAAAUUGCAACUCUUACCUUUGGUAUUUUAAUAUACACUACGCACUCAA